AUGAUUGAUGAAGCCAAAAAGGUUAUGAAUCAACAAUUUAAGGUUAAAGAUCUAGGGGAAUUGAGAUUCUUCUUGGGAAUAGAAGUUUUGAGAUCACAACAGGGCAUUAUGUUGAAUCAAAGAAAGUAUACUUUGGAGUUGAUUUCAGAGUUAGGUUUGAGUGGAGCAAAGCCUGUAGUUACAUCAUUGGAGAUCAAUCAAAAACUGACUUCAGUGGAGUAUGAUAAAGGAGUUGGAAUGCAGGUCGAAGAUCCUAUGGUAGAUGUCACAGGAUAUCAAAAACUCAUAGGCAAGCUUCUGUAUCUGACAGUUACUAGACAAGACAUAAGCUAUGUUGUGCAGACCCUUAGUCAGUUUAUGCAAGCUCCAAAGAAGUCCCACAUGGAUGCAGCACUUAGAGUGGUCAGGUAUUUAAAAGCAGCACCUGGCAUGGGAGUCCUAAUGCACAGGGAACCUAAAGAUACACUGCCGAGAUUCUGUGACUCAGACUGGGCAGCCUGCCCUGUCACUAGAAGAUCAGUUAGUGGCUAUGUAGUGAAGUUUGGAAAUUUCUUGAUUUCCUGA